AUGGCAUCAAAGGAAGGAUUAGGGCGUAUCGCCAGUUCUUUGGGACGUCCUCUUUGUAUGGAUUUUCCUACGAAGCAAGGGACACAUUUGGGGGUUGCGAAGCUGUGUGUUGAAAUUUCAGUAAAGUCUAAUUUGGUGAAUAAGUUGAGCAUUACUCCUGAUGAUUGCCCAGAGAUGUUUGUUGAUAUAGAUUACUUUCAUGUCCCAAGCAAAUGUGAGAAGUGUCAAGUAUUUGGACAUGAAUGCUCUAAUCUUGGAGGGACGACAAAGAAGGUCUGGGUUGUGAAACAGCCUAGAGUGAAGGAGCUUGAUCCUGUUGGGUUAAAGGAUAAGGGGAAAGGUGUGAUGGAAGAGCCACAAAAGGAAGUAACUCAAGAAGUGGGAGCUGGGACGAGUAUGGUGGUUGAUAGUUCUAUUUCUUCUCCUGAUCUAGUGCAGGAUAGGGGUGCAGAGCCCUCCGUAGUUGAUGAUAUCUUUCAAGUAGUUACGCAUAGGAAGAAUAGAGUGCGAGCUCCUGCCCCGGGAUUUGUACCUAGAAGUCGAUGGAGUUUGUCUGCUGGUUCGCGAAAAAGUCCAUUUGAUGAUCAGGCAUUUCAUUCGUUAAGUCGACCUGUUUUGAAGCGUCCUGUGGAACCUCCGCCUGUUUCUCCUGCUCGGGGUAAGGGUAGUGGGAAGAAACGGGGUAAAUGA